CUGUGCAGAUCAGGCUGAGAGUAAAAACCUGCAGAACUGGGUGACAGAAAAGAAGAUUUGCACAAAAGCCUAAAUAAGUUGUUGCAAGACACGACCAUACGACUUUAAGAAAAGCUCCUGGAAGAACUGAUACAAUAAAGUGGCUUUUUUCCCCUGAUGAAUCAAGUUUUCAAAUUUUAAACCAUAAAUGCCAGGACUAAUCUACAUACUGUGUUCUAUUCUGCUGAUUGAGAGCCAGUAUUAUGUGGCAUCUGAGAAUGCUGAAAUAAGAUCAAGUUGCAGAACUGCUCCAAAUGAUUUGGUCUUCAUACUAGAUGGCUCAUGGAGUGUUGGCCCUGAAAAUUUUGAAAUACUUAAAAAAUGGGUUGUCAACAUAACUAGCAAUUUUAAUAUAGGGCCAAAAUUCACCCAAGUUGGAGUUGUUCAAUACAGUGACUAUCCCAUCCUUGAAAUCCCACUCGGGAGCUACGAAUCCAGUGAUGAUCUUUCUAGAAGAAUGCAAUCCAUCCAGUAUUUAGGUGGAAAUACACAAACUGGAAAUGCUAUUCGAUUUGCUAUUGACAAUCUCUUUGCAAGGUCAUUAAGACCUUUAACAAAAAUUGCAGUCGUUCUUACUGAUGGUAAAUCUCAAGAUGAAGUGAAACAUGUAGCAGAAGAAGCAAGAAAGAAUAAAAUUACUUUGUUUGCAAUCGGCGUGGGCUCAGAAAUAGAAGAAAGUGAACUUAGAGCAAUAGCCAACAAACCUUCUUCCACAUAUGUGUUUUAUGUUGAAGACUACAUAGCAAUAUCAAAGAUUCGUGAAAUCAUGAAACAAAAACUUUGUGAAGAAUCUGUGUGCCCAACAAGGAUUCCAGUGGCCGCUCGAGAUGAGAAAGGAUUUGAUAUACUUUUAGGAUUGAGCAUAAAUAAGAAAAAAGCAAAGAGAAUUGAAGGUUCUAGGCCUAAAAACAAAGCUUAUGAAAUAACUGCACAGAUCGACCUCACAGAAUUUACAGGAAAUGUCUUUCCAGAAGGACUUCCUCCUUCUUAUGUAUUUGUUUCCACCCUGAGAUUUAAAAUAAAAAAGAAAUGGGAUCUAUGGAGAAUAUUAGCUCUUGAUGGUACCACCCAAACUGCUGUUUCACUAAAUGGAGAGGAAAAAACUUUGUCAUUUACUACAACCCACCAAGAUAAUGGUACUCAGGUUAUUACAUUUACUGCACCAGGCGUGAAGAAAUUGUUUGAUGAAGAAUGGCACCAAAUUCGGCUCUUGGUAACAGAAGAGGAUACUACACUGUAUGUGGAUGACCAUGAAAUUGAGACAAGAAAAUUACUUCCAGUUAUUGGCAUUUAUAUCAGUGGAAAAACACAAAUUGGAAAAUACCCUGCUAGAGAAGAGUCAGUUCAGUUUAGUCUACAAAAGUUGAGAAUAUAUUGUGAUCCAGACCAGAAUAAGCGUGAAACAGCUUGUGAAAUUCCUGGGACGAAUGGAGAGUGCUUAAAUGGUCCCAGUGAUGUUGGUGUCACACCUGCUCCCUGUAUAUGUCCUCCUGGAGAAAAAGGAGAUCCUGGCCUAAAAGGGGACUCUGGACUGCCUGGAAAUCAUGGUUCCCCUGGACAACCUGGUCCAGAUGGUAAGCCUGGAUUUCAAGGAGCAUCAGGGAGUCCAGGGAUUCCUGGUUCACCAGGUGUGCAGGGACCCCGUGGCUUCCCAGGUUUAAAAGGAAACACAGGUCAGGAUGGCGAGAAGGGAGAUCGUGGAAUGCCAGGAUUCCCAGGGCUACAUGGACAACCAGGUUUCAAGGGUGAAAUGGGACCUAGAGGAGACAAAGGAGAUAUAGGAAUUGAUGGGAAAAAGGGAAAUAAAGGUGAUAAAGGAAGUAAUGGUGCAACUGGAAAACCUGGGAGACCAGGAGAACCAGGAUCAUAUGGGAAGGAUGGAAUGCCAGGAUAUCAUGGAAUAAAGGGUGAAGAAGGAAAACCAGGUCCUCCAGGAAUGGAAGGUCUCCGUGGAUUACCUGGAAUACCAGGAAUUCCUGGAAAUGAUGGUGCAAAUGGAAUUAAGGGUGAAACUGGAUCUCCAGGAGAACCAGGUGCCAGAGGACCCCCUGGAGCUCUCGGAAUGUCAGGACCCGAAGGCUUAGCUGGCCCACAAGGACCCCUGGGCCCUAAGGGAAAUAAAGGAGAAGCUGGACUACCUGGCAAAGCAAGCCCCGCAGGAAUGAAGGGAGAAAGGGGUGAAAUGGGCCUUCCAGGUCCACAAGGAUAUCCAGGGAUUCCAGGACUUAUGGGUCCAAAGGGCGAUAAAGGAAAUCAGGGCGAAAAAGGGACUCAGGGUCACAAAGGAGAACAUGGUUCCUUUGGCAUGCCAGGAUUAAAGGGUGAACCUGGAGUAAUUGGUUCCAAAGGAGUGAAAGGAGAAACUGGUGAAUUUGGACUUCGGGGAUUAACUGGACCAAGGGGAGAACCUGGCAGUACAGGAUUAAUUGGUGCCCCUGGCCCCAGAGGUAUGAGUGGUGAAAGGGGGACACAGGGGCUACCUGGACCAAAAGGACAGCAGGGUAGAGAGCAAUCUGAAGAAUUUAUAAGGCAAAUAUGCCUGGAUGUUUUGAAAGCUCAGUUACCAUCUUUAAUUCGGAAUGAUAUACAGCAAAACUGUAACCAGUGUAAGACUCAGGAAGGGUCUCCUGGACUCCCUGGUUCCCCAGGGCCAGUAGGUCCAGAUGGUCCAAGAGGUCACCCAGGAUUACCAGGAAGAAAUGGUUUUUCAGGUCUUGUUGGGCAACCAGGUGUUCCAGGUAUCCCAGGACCUAAAGGACCUCCAGGAAAAUCAGGUGCAAAGGGUAAUAAAGGUGACAGUGAGCCAGGACCACAGGGUGCCCCAGGUGUUCCAGGACCUGUAGGUCUACCUGGCAUAGGCAAAGAUGGGCGAACUGGACCACAGGGGCCUCCUGGUAGGGAAGGAGAUCGUGGACCUCCUGGCGCUCAAGGUUCCCCCGGUGAUGCAGGAAUUUGUGAUCCAUCUUUGUGUUAUGGUGCAAUCAUGAGAAGAGAUCCAUUCAGAAAAGGACCAAAUUAUUAGUGAAUAUCAGAAGAAGCAUGACUAUGUUUUUUUCAGUCUUUCAUGCCUCAGGAAAUUUGCUAGCAGUCAAUUUAAAAGGAACACAAGUACCUCUGUUUUUGUAAAUGAAAUGUUUGCUUUGUAAGGAAAAAAUGUCUUUAAAUCUGAAACAGUAAUAUUUCUCAAUUAAAACUGUGUCUUUUUACAUUGAUGUCCUUAAUAUGUACCUGUAUUUAUCUAUCUGUAAAUUUUACAGAUAUAAUUAACUGUGAAAUUGUUUCACAAUAUGCUUCAUUACAUCAUCUGUGUAAUUAGACUUUAUGGAAUGUUAAUGCCAACAUGCUUGCUUUAUAUGAGACGGUUUUGUAAAGCUUGUUUUGAACAUUUGUAAUUUAAAGGGAUAGUUCACCUUUAAAUUCAAGCAUGUUGUUGACAGUAGUAUUCUAAGACAAUAAUUAGUCUUUGUUUUUUAUUUUUUUGUGUUUUUUUAAAUUAUGUACAGGACUGGGAUCUAUUAUCCAGAAUGCUU